AUGUACAAUAGUCAAACAAACCUUGUAGAACAUGUAAGCCACUUCAACCAGAGGAUGGCCAUUCAUUCCAAGAAUAAGGCCUUGAUGUGCAAGGUGUUCCCAUCCAGUCUGGGGCCUGUGGCAAUGAGAUGGUUCGAUGGUCUAAGGGAAGGUUCUAUUAGCUCCUUUAAGGAGCUCACUAAGGCAUUCGGGGCUCGGUUUGUGGCUUGCAGUAGGGUUCUUCAGCCCUUAGACUCCUUGUUGUCUAUGACCAUGCGAGAAGGGAAAAUCUUGAAAAUAUACUCAGACAGAUACUGGGAGAUGUUUAGUGAGAUUGAUGAGGACUUUGAUGAUGUGGCCAUAAGGACUUUCAAGGUUGGCCUACCUGCCAAGCAUGAUUUGAGAAAGUCAUUGACCAAAAAGCCUAUAAGGAGUGUACGUCAACUCAUGGACCGUAUUGAUGAGUAUAAAUGGGUUGAGGAAGAACAGCGGCAAGGGAAAGGGAAGGCUAAGUUUAUCCCUCAGGAUAGGAGGGAUUUCAAGUCGGACAAAUACAAUAAUAAUCAGCCCCGAAGAGACUUUGCUGGGCGGUCAGGGUCUACUGCUGCCUGGGUGGUUGGCACAAUGUUCAGGGAACCAGUGCAUCAAGUCUUGGGAAAGAUUAAGAAUGAGCCAUACUUUAGAUGGCCAAACAAAAUGGGAGUAGACCCAAUGAAGCGCAAUCAAAGCCUUCAUUGUCAAUACCUCCAAGAGCGAGGAUACACCACAAAAGAUUACAGAACUUUGUGA